GUUGUUGCUGCUGUGUCUUUAUAGGGUCAAUUGUGCGUGUAUACUACGCAGGAUUAGAUUGGAUUCAUGGGAUUGCGUCUGACCCUGUAGUGCACCAUAAUGCACUGAGAUAUAUCUCACCUCGACCACCAUCGUCAUUCUAGACUGCUAACCAGUACAGACAGACCAUGACAUAGCUUGUUCAACAACACGCCAGAACACCAUGCUCCAAUCCCUCUUCUACACUUUGGCCCCCCUCCUCACCCUCCUUCUACAAACCGCUCACGCCAACGUCGAAAAAACCAUCUUCCUCGCCCCAACCCCCUCCCCCCUUUCCUCCUCCAACAUAACUCCCGACCUCUCCGACCUAGGCCUAGACCUACUCUCCCCCGAAAACAACAUCCUGCGAACAAAUCUCAACGCCUCAUUCCCUUCCACUGCGAAACCCGACGGAGCAGAAUCAUGGUUUCUGCUUGAGGGGCUGAACCCGGGCCAGAGGUAUGAGGUGCGGGUUUGUUGGUUGGCUACUCAACCAACAUCAUUCACACUAUCAACAUACCCCCUCGAUGCGAUAAUCGACGAUCCAUCACUCCUCGCGUCAAUCAGCCACUUCUCUUCCGCGCGCCUCGCCUCCGUCGACGUGAAUAAUCCCAGGGAAGUCAUCCCGCAGGUUCCGAAUUCGCAUCAUGCGCCUAGAAAUCCUUUGCGUCGUACCCGGUCACACGAUUCUGACUCCGUGCUUUUCCUGCGCAUUUAUGCCGCGGCGGAUUACUUUACAAUUGAGCAGGGAUUGAUGGAGAGUGUGCCGCCGGUUAUUGCGGAUGUUAUUUUAGAUCCGUUUUGGGGGAAUGUGUUUCCCAAUUCUCUUGUGCCGACGGCGUGUUGGGGGUUGAUUGUUGGUAUUGCUGCUAUUGGGAUUGCGAGGUGGGUGGUGAAGGAGUUUGGGAGAGUGGUUGGAAGUGCUGCUGGCAGUGCCGAGAAAAAGGGUCAGUGAUUGUAUAUUACUAGUAAUAUUUCCGAACUAUGCAAGAUAUAGGAACAAUAGUAGAGCAGAGAUUCAGACCAGCUAUAUUUGACAUAAAAUAAAUAGCAAAACUAGAGCAGGGGUAGUAGUGGAAUAAACAAAAUCAAAAUGCCUCUAUCAACGUCGCCAAAAUCAAACAUAGCACAU